CUCCUUCAAGCAAUUAGGCAUAAACAUUCCAAUUUGUUUCAAACAACAAGUGCUUAUUGCUUCUUGAUAUGAUAAAGAUGGCCACUCACUUUUUUCUUGUAACCAUAGCCAUCAUGGCCUUGGCCUCCACAUUUGUGUUUGCUUCUGACCCUAGUCCUCUACAAGACUUCUGUGUUGCUGUCAAUGACACCAAAUCUGCUGUGUUUGUGAAUGGCAAGGUUUGCAAGGACCCAAAGCUCGCCAAAGCUAAGGACUUUUUUUUUUCUGGUCUUCUUACUCCACAAAAAAUAUCGAACCCAGUUGGGUCAACAGUCACUCCUGUAAAUGUUAUGCAAAUACUAGGCCUCAAUACUCUUGGUAUCUCCUUAGCUCGUAUUGACUUUGCACCUUACGGUCUCAACCCACCUCACACGCACCCUCGCGCAACUGAGGUUAUCGUGGUCUUGGAGGGUACCCUUUAUGUCGGCUUCGUAACCUCCAAUCCAGAAAACCGCCUCUUCACCAAGGUGCUUUAUCCAGGAGAUGUUUUUGUAUUCCCAGAAGGUCUCAUUCACUUCCAGUUCAAUCAAGGAAAGACAAAUGCAGUGGCUAUUGCUGGUCUACGUAGCCAAAACCCUGGUGUUAUUACCGUUGCUAAUGCGGUGUUUGGGUCAAACCCAAAGAUUUCUGAUGAUGUUCUUGCCAAGGCAUUCCAAGUGGACAAGAAGGUGGUGGACCACCUUCAAGCUCAGUUCUGGUGGCCCAAUAACUAGAGAAAUAAGCAGAGAAUAGAACUCGUUAAUCUAUUGUUUUAAAAAAUUUAAAUAGAUAUGAUUUAAUAUACCUUAAAUUAAUUGGUUACUUAUGGAUGAUUUCCUUACAACUGUUUUCCUAUAAUUUAAUAAUAAUGAAGUUUUGUCAAGUAUCCUCUCUCUCUGUUUCAAUUAUAACUCUCUUGAUCUUUCUUUAUCUCCCAUAUUGAAUGGUUAGGAGAUGGAAAUGGACUCUUGUAGUCUUAUGUGAGAAGUUUCAAAGAAAAGUGUGAUAUAUGCGUUGCAAUGAAUAUAUUUUGAAGCAACUCUGACGUU